UGGCUCCGAGAGCUGCAGGCGGACGGCCGGGGGCGGCGAGGACCCGGGGCGGAGAGGCAGGGCUGGAGGCGGCGGCCGUGGCGAUGCGCCGCGCCCCGCCGAGCCGGUCCUGCCGCGCUAGGUGAGCCGGCUGCAGGCGCUUGGCCGCGGCCAUGGGCACCCUGGGCAAGGCGCGAGAGGCUCCGCGGAAACCUUCCCAUGGCUCCAGAGCUGCCCCUAAAGCAAGACUAGAGGCGAAAUCAGCCAACAGCCCCUUCCCUUCCCAUCCCAGUCUGGCCCAGAUCACCCAGUUCCGAAUGAUGGUGUCCCUGGGACAUUUGGCCAAAGGAGCCAGCCUGGACGAUCUCAUUGACAGCUGCAUUCAAUCUUUUGAUGCAGAUGGGAACUUGUGUCGAAGUAACCAGCUGUUGCAAGUCAUGCUGACCAUGCACCGAAUCAUCAUCUCCUCUGCGGACCUGCUGCAAAAAGUUAUGACCCUCUAUAAGGAAGCCUUGGCAAAGAACUCACCAGGGCUUUGCCUGAAGAUCUGCUAUUUUGUAAGGUACUGGAUAACAGAAUUCUGGAUCAUGUUUAAAACGGAUGCCAGCUUGACAAACACCAUGGAGGAGUUUCAGGAACUGGUAAAAGCCAAUGGUGAGGAGCUACAUUGCCGCCUAAUUGACACAACUCAAAUCAACGCCCGUGACUGGUCCAGGAAACUCACCCAAAGGAUAAAAUCAAAUACCAGCAAGAAACGGAAAGUCUCCCUGCUCUUUGACCAUCUGGAACCAGAAGAGCUAUCUGAGCACCUCACCUACCUUGAGUUCAAGUCCUUUCGAAGGAUAUCAUUCUCUGAUUAUCAAAAUUACCUUGUAAAUAGCUGUGUGAAGGAGAACCCCACCAUGGAGCGAUCCAUUGCCCUGUGCAAUGGCAUCUCCCAGUGGGUACAACUGAUGGUUCUCAGCCGCCCCACCCCGCAGCUCAGGGCAGAAGUUUUCAUCAAGUUCAUCCAUGUGGCUCAGAAACUCCACCAGCUACAGAACUUCAAUACAUUGAUGGCUGUAAUAGGGGGGCUAUGUCACAGCUCAAUCUCCAGGCUCAAGGAGACCAGUUCGCAUGUCCCACAUGAAAUCAAUAAGGUUCUGGGUGAGAUGACUGAGCUGCUGUCCUCCUGCAGAAAUUAUGACAACUACAGGCGAGCCUAUGGGGAGUGCACCCACUUCAAGAUCCCCAUACUGGGGGUGCAUCUCAAGGAUCUCAUUUCCCUGUAUGAAGCUAUGCCCGACUAUCUGGAAGAUGGGAAGGUGAAUGUCCACAAGCUGCUGGCUCUGUACAAUCAUAUCAAUGAACUGGUCCAGCUGCAGGAGGUAGCCCCACCAUUGGAAGCCAACAAGGACUUGGUGCACCUGCUCACGUUAUCUCUGGAUCUCUACUACACUGAAGAUGAAAUUUAUGAGCUUUCCUAUGCACGAGAGCCAAGGAACCACAGAGCCCCACCACUAACACCUUCAAAGCCACCGGUAGUAGUGGACUGGGCCUCCGGAGUAUCUCCCAAACCAGACCCAAAGACCAUUAGCAAACACGUCCAGAGGAUGGUGGAUUCUGUCUUCAAGAACUAUGAUCAUGACCAGGAUGGAUACAUUUCUCAGGAAGAGUUUGAAAAGAUUGCUGCCAGUUUUCCAUUUUCCUUCUGUGUGAUGGACAAAGACAGGGAAGGCCUCAUCAGCAGGGAUGAGAUUACAGCCUACUUCAUGAGGGCCAGCUCUAUCUACUCUAAACUGGGCCUGGGCUUUCCUCACAACUUCCAAGAGACCACCUACCUGAAGCCCACUUUCUGCGACAACUGUGCUGGAUUUCUCUGGGGAGUGAUCAAACAAGGAUAUCGAUGUAAAGACUGUGGGAUGAACUGCCACAAACAAUGCAAAGACCUGGUGGUUUUCGAAUGCAAGAAGCGAGCCAAGAACCAAGCACCUUCCACUGAGAAUAGUACCUCUGUGGGGCCAGUGCCCAACCUCUGCUCACUGGGAGCCAAAGAUCUGCUCCAUGCACCUGAGGAAGGCUCUUUUACAUUCCCUAAUGGGGAAAUGGUGGAACACAGUGAGGAGAGUAAGGACCGAACAAUCAUGUUGAUGGGAGUGUCCUCACAGAAGAUUUCUGUUCGUCUGAAGAGAACUGUUGCCCACAAGACCACCCAGACUGAGUCACUUCCUUGGAUUGGCAGUGAGGGCCCUUCAGGUCAAUUUGUGUUGUCUUCUCCAAGGAGGACAGCCCAGGACACCCUUUAUGUGCUUCCCAGUCCCACAUCUCCAUGCCCCAGCCCAGUCUUGGUCAGAAAGCGGGCUUUUGUCAAGUGGGAAAAUAAAGAAUCCCUCAUAAAAUCAAAAGAAGAGCUCCGUCACCUCAGACUCCCAACCUACCAAGAGCUGGAACAGGAAAUAAAUACCCUGAAAGCAGAUAAUGAUGCCCUAAAGAUCCAGCUGAAAUAUGCACAGAAGAAAAUAGAAUCUCUCCAGCUUGAAAAAACCAAUCAUGUCUUAGCACAAAUGGAGCAAGGUGACUGUUCUUAGCCCAGAAACUCAAGAAGCACAAUUUGUAGAUGAGUGUACUGGAGAUCUAUUCUUUCACUGAUUAAC